UUUUGAAUAUGGCAACAGCACAAGUACUUCAAAAAAAUCAAGUUUACCUCUUCCGACUCCAAACAUUGAUUAUAGAUGGAGGAACUGCAGUCGUAAGGAAUAUAUUUGAUCAGAAGAGAACAAAUGUCCCGCUAAAUAUUCUUCUGAAUAAUGAAAAGGGAACAAUAAAUCGUCUGAGGGCAAGUAAAGCAAUAACUCAGACACAAUUUGAUUUGCUGUAUCCACAGAGUGGUCAGCUCCCAACUAUAGCUGACUUUGAUCUCACUCUUGUCAUAUGUUUGCUACGGAACCUGAAAUGUUGUGGUUUAAAUAAACAUUUUGCAUGGAAUGUGAUACCACAUCCAGGAGACACUUCGCUUGAAGCAGAUAUAUGUCGAUUGAGAAUGUUCAGAAAUGAAAUAUCACACAUAUCCUCGACAACUGGGAUACAUCUGCCCAUAUUUAGGCAGAAAUGGAUGGAGAUCGAACAGGUACUCAAUCGGCUGAAUCUCCUUAAUCCUGUUCAGAACCUGCAACAGCUUAUCCAUGUAUACAAGUGCAGUCCUCUUGAUCCAGAGGCUGAGAAAAAGUUACAAACAGAAAUACAAAACUGGCAAAACACGGAGAAAGGCUUAGAAACUGAAAUACAUCUUGUAAAGAAAGACGUAUUAGAUGUAACAAAGGAGGUUGGAAACGUUAAAAAAGAAGUUGACAGCGUGAAGGAAGAUGUUAAAAUAGUGAGGAAAGAUGUAGCAAAAGAGGUUGGCGAAGUAAAAGAAGAUAUUGACGAAAUGAAGAAAGAUGUAGCCAAAAAGGUUAUCAAAGUAAAAGAAGAUGCUGUCGAUGUGAAGAAAGAUGUAGCAAAAGAGGUUGAUAAAGUAAAAGGCGCUGUUGGUGAAGUGAAGAAAGAUGUAGCAAAAGAGGUUGGCAGAGUAAAAGAAGAUUUUGUCGAUUUGAAGAAAGAUGUAGCAAAAGAGGUUGGCAGAGUGAAAGAAGAUGUUGUCGAAGUGAAGAAAGAUGUAACAAAAGAGGUUAGCAAAGUAAACGAAGAUGUUGCCGAAGUGAAGAAAAAUGUAGCAAAAGAGGUUGACAAAGUAAACGAAGAUGUUGCCAAAAUGAAGAAAUAUGUAGCAAAAGAGGUUGGCAAAGUAAAAGAUGAUGUUGUCGAAGAGAAGAAAGAUGUAGCAAAAGAGGGGGGCAAAGUAAAAGAAGAUGUUGCCGAAGUGAAGAAAAAUGUAGCAAAAGAGGUUGGCAAAGUAAAAGAAGCUGUUGGUGAAGUGAAGAAAGAUGUAGCAAAAGAGGUUGGCAGAGUAAAAGAAGAUUUUGUCGAUGUGAAGAAAAAUGUAUCAAAAGAGGUUGGCAAAGUAAAAGAAGCUGUUGGUGAAGUGAAGAAAGAUGUAGCAAAAGAGGUUGGCAGAGUGAAAGAAGAUGUUGUCGAAGUGAAGAAAGAUGUAGCAAAAGUGAAGAAAAAUGUAGCAAAAGAGGUUGGCAAAGUAAAAGAAGCUGUUGGUGAAGUGAAGAAAGAUGUAGCAAAAGAGGUUGGCAGAGUAAAAGAAGAUUUUGUCGAUGUGAAGAAGGAUGUAGCAAAAGAGGUUGGCAGAGUGAAAGAAGAUGUUGCCGAAGUGAAGAAAAAUGUAGCAAAAGAGGUUGGCAAAGUAAAAGAAGAUGUUAACGAAGCGAAGAAAGAUGUAGCAAAGGAGUUUUGCAAAGUAAAAGAAGAUAUUGACGAAGUGAAGAAAGAUGUAUCAGAUGUUGGCAAAGUAAUAGAAGAUGUUGCCGAAGUAAAGAAAGAUGUUGACGUAGUGAAGAAAGAGAUAGCAAACGAUGUUGGAAAAGUACAAGAGGAUGUUGACGCAGUGAAGGAAAAUGUCACGCACCAUAUGAAGGUAGGCAGUAAUUAUAUCCACACCUUUUCUGAACUACAAGUAGAUAUUUUAUUGUUCAAAUAUCACGAAAAGCUGGAUGAAAAAAUGAAAUCUAUAGCAUACAAGCUGUUCCAGCAACGUUUAGAUGGCGCUGAAUUACGCCUGAAUUACGCCUUCUUGACCUUAAUAGAUCUUCAUUAA